AAGCGGCUACUUCAGCUCGUUGAAUAUGAAAUCUUAAUCUCUACGACGAAAUAUUAAUUUUUUAUAUAUUUUUUCACUAAUAGAGAGUUGGAUUUACAACAUUUUUUUCUUUAAGACGUCAGUUUCUUUUCUUCUCUUAAAACAACUUGGAAUAGAAAAUAAACAAUAGAGGACGACAAUGUAUCAAACUUUAAUAUUGAUUCUGUCUAUUUUCAUCUGCAUCAUUCUGUUAUGGAUAAGACAGAGAAAACAAAGGAUGUCAUUGUUUAAACGUUACGGAAUUCCAGGCCCAAAACCGAACUUUUUCUUCGGAAAUUUAAUUGAAUUCAAUAAAGAGAGAAACAGAUGCACAGAAGAAUGGCUAAAACGAUAUGGAAAAGUUUAUGGGUUUUAUCUAGGAGGAAAACCAUUUUUAGUAUGCAAUGACAUUGAAUUUUUGAAACUGAUUCUAAUAAAGGAUACUUACAAUUUUUGUAACAGAGAUACGCUGUUGCCAAAUUUUGGAUUUCCACAUGAUCAGUGUAAAAAUAUGCUUCCAGUAUUAGCCGAUCAGAAAUGGAAAAACCUAAGACGUAUUCUCAAUACUUGUUUCACUACAAGAAAAAUUAAAAUGAUGAGUACUCUGAUGUCUUCACCGAUAAAAGUUUUUCAAGAAAACGUCGAGAAGCAUGGAGAUCAACCGUUUGAUAUUUCGGAGAUGUGUAAAAAAUUGUUGUUUGACAUUGUCUGUACAUCGGCAUUUGGUGUAUCCACAAAUGUUCAAAAUAAUGAAACUAAUAAAUUUGUUAAAUCGAUAGAAACUGCGUUGUUUGCUGAUUCAACUGAUAUUUUAGCUGGAAUAACAAUUUGCUUUCCGGAAAUAGGGCCAAUAUAUACGUUUCUUCAACAUAAAAUAGAUAGUUUAAAACACGUACUGAAUCUACCUUGUUUAAAAUUGAUUUAUGAAACCUGUCAAAAAAUCGUCACCUCCAGGAAGAAAUUACAUUCUCAUCCACCAGAUUUGCUGCAGACAUUGAUCGAUGCGGAAGAUGAGACUCUUGUAGAAAUGAAAAAACUUCCAGAUAAUUUCGUUAUUGCAAAUGCGAUGUUGUUUAUGGUGGUUGCAUAUCAAACAACAAGUUCUACAAUAAGAUUGUGUAUUAAGCAUCUUACUAAUAACCCUAGCAUACAACAGAAAGUCCGUGAAGAAAUAAGAAACAAUAUUUCCAGCAAUGUGGACAUCCAGUAUUCUGAUUUGAUCAAUUUUCAGUUGCUAGAUCAAGUUAUCUCUGAAACUCUUCGCCUUUCGCCAUUUCCCAUAGUAAGUGUUAAUCGAGUGUGUGCAGAAGAUUAUCGUUAUAAAAACAUCACCAUUCCAAAAGGUUGUACGAUAGCUAUUCCAAUACAAGUUUUGCAAAAUGAUCCAGCUUAUUGGAUUGAACCUGAUAAGUUUAAUCCUUACAGAUUUUCUUUUGAGGAACAGCAGAAAAUUGAUUCUGUCAUUUACCAACCAUUCGGAGCAGGGCAAAGAAUUUGUAUAGCACAGAGAUUAGCAAAAACUAUAAUGAAAUUAGUAUUGGCAAAUCUCAUACGAUCAUUUAAAUUAGAAGAAUAUAGAGACGAUGAAAAUAAUAGAGAGCACACUCAAUUAUUCACUUAUACAAUCAAUAGAAUAAUGGUGAAAGCAACUCCAUCAGAUACCUGAUUGUCGACAAUACUAUACGUUUUCAAUGUUAAACACAAAUAAUAAUUAACAAAGUAUGUAAAUUUAAUAACUUGAAUAAUAAAA